GGCGGGAAGUUGAAAGUUUGAGUAAUUCAGAUUUUUAAAAAUUUCAUUAUCAAGUUAACGUAGGUGUAUUAUAAGAGAAAUUCGCCUUCUACGAGAGCAGCGAAAGUCAAAGGACUAUAAUUAGCCAGGUUAAAGGCGGUCAACGGUUCAGGCGAACUUCGCUAGCUGACAGCGGAGAGUAGCUAGCUUGUUGUUGUCAGGAUGGCGGACAGAAAUCUUGUGCAGCAGUUGAAGCGUUGGGCGACAGAGGAGUUCAAUCUGCCCCCGGAGAGCCUGCCAAAUGACAGCUACUUUAAAACACUCUGUGUUGGGACAGGGAAGUCGAUAUGGAAAUAUGUCAUCCAACACGUUUUCCAGCAGAGGAACGUGAGGAUCAUGCGUGGCAAUCUGGAGUGGUACAAAGUUCUUCAAGACAAAGAGUUGAAGCAGGCUGAAGGUCAGAGUGUGGCUGCUAAGCAGAAAGAGCUUCAGAGGAAGAUAGAGGAGCUGAGAGCUGAGAUCAGUCACCUGGACUCUCAGAUCAGUGGAACAGAGGAACAGUUGGCCGCACAAGAGCAGUCUAUAAAUCGUACCUGGGCCCAGGUGGAGGACAGCCGGUGCAGAGAGCUGCUUCUCCAGGCCUUCAGGCAGCGCUGCAUCUUGGGCGGCAAGAUGUUAUCAGAUGAUACACAGAAGAUCAGCAGGCACUGUCAGGCACUGGAACAGAUGGCCAGGAAAGCAGAAAUUGAAGUGCUGUUUGAUGAUAAGUCUUCAAACAGCAGUGAUAGUGAUGUCAACUCCAAAACCACAGCUGAGGCACAGGUCCUGCGUGACGUGAGAGAGCUGUGUGACGACAGGGUCCACUUCUAUCAGUCUUUACAAGAGAGUGAACUGAAAACGGCGCACUCUGCAGUCAAGCAUAUGACUCGUGAACAGAGGGCUGCCAUGUUUCAGUACUGGUUGAGUGCUGUGGAGAAUGCGUUGGGCGGUUAUCCUCCAAACCAUGUCCUCUCAGCAUUACAAUAUUUAGCUUCCCAAGAACAGAAGGAGCUAGAGGACAAACUGGCUUCUCUGGAUGUGACCCGGGAUGUGACAGCUCUGCGGUUCCGCUAUGAAAGCAAUCACCUACUAGACAUGUCAGCAGAGGAUGACAAUGAGUUGCCACCUGUUAAGACCCUCUUACAGGAUGCUUGGGAAGAGGUGGAGCAGAGUUUGGUGGAACUGGCCCAGACUCGCUCCAGAGUCCAGCAGCUCAAAAACCAGCUGCAGGCCCGCAAGAUAGAGGCUGAGCAGGAGGUGUCUGGUAUUGCAGAAGAGCUCCACAAUGACACCAUGGCACUGUCGGUCCUAGAGCUGGAGCUCCAGUGUGUGAUGCAGGCAGCAGCCAGAGAUCACAUCAGAGACCAGUGUAUCCAACUAGACCAACGUGCCAGAAGCCAACAGGAGGCACUCAGAAACCUCUGCAGCCAGUGGCAGAGCAUCCUGGACUUCAGACAACUAGUGAUGCUCAGACAGGAGCAGAUCAGAGGUCUCAUUAAGGGGAACUCCACGGCCAAGAUGGAGCUGAUCCAUCUGUACAGAGAGUUACAGGAAUUCAUCCAUGGUAAGCUGGUGCCACAGUUUGAACAUGUCACCACUGCAGCUAACAGUCUGAGGAACUCUAUUUCUAAGGAGGCCAAGCAGUUUGGAGUGGUUUCACUUCUUGCUCUGGAUCGCAGGACUGUUGAAGGAAAUCAAAGAAUCCCUGCAUCGUGGUUGUCCAUCCAUCGCUUGCAGUCCUCAACCUUCAGCAACAUGUGUCAGAACCUGACAUUCCCACUGUACAAGGCUCCAGAGGAGUUGUGUUUCCAGGCGCGCUCUCAGCAGCUUGAGUUACAUUUUCUCCGUCAGUUACUUCAACUUCACUCUGCUACUCUGCAGAAAAUACAGAAGGAAGCAGAAAUGCUGCAUGCAUCUGAUCAAAAAGCCUUGCUGACCAGAGUCAUGGAGGAGGAUCGGAAGCUUCUAAAGUCUCUGAUACCUAGAGUCAGAGGACUCACCCAACGUUGUGCACAAGGCCUUUCUUAUGGGGAUCAAGUCAAAACUGCCAUCUCUUACUGGUGGGAUCAACCAGCACAACAUGUCCUUCCCGAGGUCAGUAAAGGAGGACUAACUUAUCAGCAGUGGCUUCAAAGAUGGAGACUUGCUGCCAAAGCCUCUUAAGGGACGACUCAUUGUGUAAAAAUAUAAAGGAGAUCCCUUUAAGCACCUUUCAGUGGCAAAAUGACCACGCUACAGUCCAGGCUGCAUUACCAACUGGGCAAAGUGGGCAACUGCACAACGGCCCCACGACCUGUUCAGACCUGGUAUUAACGUCUCCGGUGACGUGAUCACAAGUGGACAGCUCAAAGUACAUCAUUUCACACCUGGCAUUAAAAUGCGUCCCAAAUGACCGCUUGUGAUUGGAUUUCACUUCUUUGAUAUAUAUGCAAAUAAACAUGUACAUCAUCUCCGGUUGCAAAGACCAAAUUCAUUGUUUUUAACCAGAUGCAGUGCAUUGCAAAUGCAAUGCAUUUCCUGGGCCUAGUCCACAGGAAAGUAAAAGACAAAGAGGAAAUCAAAACAACACAAACCGAGUCUAUUCCAUCCAUCCGAAUGUGGUCUGAAUGAUUAGAUCUUUGACGCAUUGGUGCAUUCAUACCUGUGCUUAGAGCUGUCCACUUGUGAUCAAAUCAGACUAAUUGUUUUUGUCAUUUCAGCAUAUUCUUAGGUUUUGACAGUUGGUUGGACAAAACAAGACAUCAGAUGACAUGGUGUGGUGUUGUAGGACAACAUAACAGGCAUUUAUAUCACUGUUUUCUGGUGUUUUAAUAUUUUAAAUUCAUUAAUAAUGAAAAUAAUCAUCAACUGCAGAGCUAUUGUAAAGCAGUAGUGGCACUAACUAAACCACACUUUUUCUUAUUGUACAUAUUCACUUAUUCACAUCAUUACUCCUGAUGUUUUACCAUUUGAAAGUCAGUUACUAAUAAAAUAGUUUA